GAGUAGACCGGAAGCGUGCUGUCUGCUGAAAUAAGGAAGAGAACGAGGCAACUGAGCAGUGGAGGGAGAGAGUAACCGUCUUGUUUUGCACAACUUUCCUCCAAAUUCUUAGCAAUUUGCUUAUUCAUCUUCAAUAGACAACUGGAACCAUCACCCAUACAUUUUGCUUAAAGGGAAAAUCCUACUUGUAUUCAUCUUGUUGGAACUGCCUUUCGAACCUAUAGCAUUUACUUUAGCCGCUAUCUAGCUAACGACGCUGUCUCACUGUGUCCAUUGACACAUCGAGGUGAAAACUUUGAUUUACAAUUUUUAGGCUAGUCUAUGAUUCAUUCGCCAUAGUUUUCAAUCGAACUACUUGACGUUGUUAUGCACAUUACAUUUGUCUGCCGGUAAGAAUUAAUUUAGACUAAGCUGACAACAGUGUUGAGUAACGUUAGAUUGAAAGAAACGAAGCUCUGUUCUAAUUUCCAGUUUGGACUCGUUGGCGGGGCGUUGGUUUGUCUGUUCGGGAAAACAUCGCAUCGGGAACGACGUUUGCCAGCUUGCAACCAAUCCAACUGGAACGACUGACGUUAGCAUCCUGCACGAGCUAGUUAUUAGAAACUCGUUUUCAAAUCUUUGCAAGUUAGCUAACAAAUUAAGUCGACUGAAGAAAAUGGCCAAUAGCAUCGAGGCAGUGAAGCGAAAAAUUAAAGUUUUGCAGCAACAGGCGGAUGAAGCCGAGGAAAGAGCUGAGACUUUGCAAAGACAGGUUGAAGAGGAGAAGCGGUCAAGGGAACAGGCUGAGGCUGAGGUGGCCUCUCUGAACAGGCGUAUCCAGCUGGUUGAGGAGGAGUUGGACAGGGCCCAGGAGAGACUGGCCACCGCUCUGCAGAAACUGGAGGAAGCAGAGAAAGCUGCAGAUGAGAGCGAGAGGGGUAUGAAGGUGAUUGAGAACAGGGCCUCCAAGGAUGAGGAGAAGAUGGAGAUGCAGGAGAUCCAGCUGAAGGAGGCCAAGCACAUCGCUGAGGAGGCUGACCGCAAGUAUGAGGAGGUGGCUCGUAAGCUGGUGAUCAUUGAGGGUGAUCUGGAGCGUACAGAGGAGAGGGCGGAGCUGGCCGAGGGCAACGCCCGGAGGUUGGAGGAGCAGCUGAGGGGUUUCGACCAAUCACUGAAGAGCCUGCAGGCCUCUGAGGACAAGUACUCCCAGAAAGAGGACAAGUAUGAGGAGGAGAUCAAGAUCCUGACCGACAAACUCAAAGAGGCUGAAACCCGUGCUGAGUUUGCUGAGAGAUCAGUGGCCAAACUGGAAAAGACCAUUGAUGACCUGGAAGAUGAGCUCUAUGCACAGAAAUUGAAGUACAAAGCCAUUAGUGAGGAGUUGGACCAUGCCCUCAAUGACAUGACCUCCAUAUGCGCUAGCCAACGCCAAGGAGGAGAAUGUCAACAUCCACGCCACCCUGGACAAGACCCUGGAGGACCUCAACAGCUUCUGAGUGGCUACUGGCCCCUCCACCACCUCUUACUGCUCCACCCCCUCACCUCUGGCCCUGUCUCUCUGUCUGUGCUGGCUGACUGUUUAGCGUGGGGGGGGAUGUUCAUUGUUUUUGGUGAAGGUAGCACUUUCUUCAGUCCACACCUAGCCAAAUGUUUCUCCCCAGUAGACCAAAAUGGCUGACCGCCCCUCCCACAUUCCACCCCAGUAUCUGCGGAUGCUCUCUGGAUGAGCACCCCCCCCCCCUUAUUUUUUUUAUAGCCUCUUCAUAGCUUUCUUUUAGUCUUAAAAGGGCAACAUUUACUCAAGCACCCACAUCUUAAGUGUCUCACAGGUUUCUAAUAUUCACAUUCCAGCUUAGGUGUGUUUUGAGGCCAUUCCUAUGAUCUUUCUUUGGCUGCUAGCUGUUUUAGCCGUAAGCGUUUUAAAUACAUCGAGGCUUUUCUCUCUUUCUGAUAACCCUUGUUACGGGGAUAUUUGGUGUCCACUGGGACACAUAUGAAGGUGGCGAGGGUAAUAACUCUUACCUAAUUAUUUCUCCCUUUUGGAAUGGGACCACCAUUUUGAUCAUAAACUCUCCCUCUGUUAUCCCCAUCAACCACUUGCCCUACCAACAUAUCGCCUCAAACUCUUGUCCCCCUCUAACCACUCACCUUCUGCUGGAACAUCCUUACACAAGCACUGCUUUUCUACUGUGCCAAUGCCCAGAGGGUCCACAACUGUGCUACCUUUUGUCAAGUAUUUUGUGUUAAUUUACAAGUAAGGGCUGGGGGGGGUGACAUGUUUAUUUCUUAAAAGGGAGAAGUGUUUUGUUUAGUUGCAUGACAUUUGUAUUUUUGUUUUUAUCUGGAGUCAUUUUCCAAAAAAGGGCCAAUGUCACAAGUUACUGUAAACUGAAUGUUUUUUUUCCCCCCAGUUAACUUCCCCCUUCAAGAUCAGGAAAUGUAAUUGUGAAUGAGUUGUAGGUCAUUGAAGGGAUAUAAAUGUUGUAUAGCUUCAGACAGAAUUGAAUGCAGAUAUUCUAGCCAAUUGCAGCUGUAGACCUCUAAACUAAUUGUUAUUUUUCCCAAUAAGAUGUGGGGGAGGGGAGUGAUCAGCCAAUCACUACGCAUUCCACUGCCAAAAUGGAAGCAUAGGGGCCAAUGAAUAGGGAGAAGGGACACAAGGGUAUUAUCUAAACUUAUCAGUAUAGGCAACUUUUUUUUCUGCAAAUGAAGUGAACUGCAAACCUUAUAAAAUGUAAAGAAAUAAAAAGUAAAAUAUUGCAUCAAGUUUAACUGGAAAUUCACUCGACGCCAAGGGUGUAAACAUUGUGUUAUCAGUAAUGUUUUCAUUGUAAUAAUUAUGACACACAAAUGGACACCAUUUAAAAAAUAAAGAACCACGAUUUGUAUUGA